UGUUAAUAAGAAGCAAGGUAAGGAGGCCAGGAACAAGUUUAUCUGCAAACGCAAAUCUUCUGGCAUGUUCCUUUUCUUCAGUCUUCUACCAUUCAGACGUAAAUUUAUCAUGUGAUGCUUGUACAUUGUUGGUCUUGAACAACUUCUAACUAAAAGGCUUCAGGUAUUUCGUUAUUGAGUGGCACGCUAGAAAAUUUUGGCAACAACCUGCCCUAAGAAGCUCUGCCACGUGACUCUUUCAGUGGGGAAUUUGGCCCGGCUUUGAUUGGGCAGUUCGCCACACUUUCUAGGCUUCGCCCACAAAGACAAUUUACAUUUUGGGCCUACACCACCUCAACACCACCGACUUCACUUCCUCUUUUCACCCAACCCCAAGUCAACCAGCCAGGAGAGUCACAAUGUCGGCGAAGCCCACGAGCAAGACAUUCGGAAAGUCGACCCGAGAGGUUCCUGCCUCUUCGGAGAAGGCUAAGAAGUGGUACCCCGCUGACGACGAUGCCGAGAACAAGAAGGUCCGCAAGGCUGUCCGAUCUUGGGCCCCUCGCAAGUCCCUUCAGCCCGGUACUGUCCUCAUCCUCCUCGCUGGCCGCUUCCGUGGCAAGCGCGUCAUUCUCCUGAAGUCCCUCGACCAGGGUGUCCUCCUCGUCACCGGCCCCUUCAAGAUCAACGGUGUUCCUCUGCGACGAGUUAACUCCCGAUACGUCAUCGCUACCUCCUACAAGGUCGACAUCUCCGGUCUCGACGAGAAGAAGAUCGAGGAGGUCUCUCAGCCCAAGUACUUCACUGCUGAGAAGGCCAAGGAGAAGGCUGGUGAGGAGGCUUUCUUCAAGCAGGGAGAGAAGCCCCAGAAGAAGGAGGUCAACAGCAGCCGUGCCGCCGACCAGAAGGCCAUCGACAAGGCUCUGAUUGCCAACAUCAAGAAGGUUGACAUGCUGGCUUCUUACCUCUCCAGCUCUUUCAGCUUGAGGAAGGGUGACAAGCCCCACGAGAUGGCCUGGUAAAUGUGCAAUCUUGUGCCGGGGUGAUGGGAGUACCGGGGUUGCGACACAACGGGUUGUAGAACGGCAAGGGUCUCCGAAAUGGGCUGGUUUGGCCAAUUGCAUUUGGAAGUCGACGGCAUCGGUCCUAUUUUGGCGUCUGUAAUCAGGUUUUACAGUCAAAAAAACAAACGAGCAUACAAAAUUCUAGAGGCUUCCGGUCAGAGGCCGAUGAUGAUGAACUUCACUCGGACAUCCCAUCUCCUAAGUGAUAAAAACAACUGGUGUGAGCUAAGAGUUCUCAGAUCUGAUAUAGUCAAAAAGGACAUUGAUUUAUGAAUGAUCAACAUGAUUUCAAAUUUUCUGUGCGUUCAUCGGUCUGCGGGUGUGUCGAUCCUCUCCGGGUGGGCAAAGGAUGACUGAGAUGAGGAUUCAUAACAUCAAUAUGAGUUCUAUCUAAUCUCUUUACUUAUUCUCAAAUUGCCAUCCCAGUAACGCAGCCAUGAUGUUGCUU